AUGGGCGCUGUCAAUAGCAAAGCGGGCGAUGCAGGCGCCCUCUAUCUGCGCGACCAGACGAGAUUCUCGGUGGCCUCGCUCAACAUCACAAACGCCCGCAACCGCACCCUGCUCAACGUCUCGCCCAAUGCCUUUCCCGCCACGCGCUACACGGCCCGCCGCGACUUUGGCGACGACAGCGUCGUCGAGUACAUCCAGGACCCAGAGGCGCCCCCAGCCAGCGAGGGCCCUCCGCCCUUCCUCCUGCGCCUGCCCAGCGACGAGGACCUCACCUUCAACUUCACAUUCAUACUCCGCCAGCAUCUAGCCGUCCCCACCAUCUACAACGUCAGCUCAAACUCGUCCAUUGCCCCCUCGGGCCUCGUCGACACAAACAUCAGCGGCCUGACCUUUGUCUUCGCCUCGAGCUCACGCGACCUCGACAACCUCGUCACGCGCGAGUUCCACGCCAACCCCAACCUGCACAAGAACCCCCAGGUCGAGCUCGUCGGCGACUACUCCACCAGCGGCCAUGCGUCGUUUGUCGAGUACGACCCGCGAGCACACCGGCUCGAAACGCUAGCCAGCUUCACCGUCUGGGUCCAGAAUACUGCGCGCCACGUACAGAGCCCCAAGUCGCCGUCGCCGCGCCUGGAACUCGGCAUCCCUCCCCGUCUCCGCGUGCCUUCCACGCAAUCCAUAGAGUCUCGCGUCAGCGACUCGGCCGGCGAAGACAAGGAGAUCGACACGGCCGCGCCGAGAUCGCCCAUUUGCGAGUCCAUACCCGAACACAGCCUCGCCCUGGUACCAAGCCAGGCGACAACGUUGACGUCUGGAAAUGCCACCGUCAAGCUCGACGUCUCGCGCCCAGGCGAGGACCUCAGCCAGACCGACGAUGGGCCCCUCUUCCGCGCCACCAUGAAGUCGCUCGAGCAGAAAACAGGCAACAUGCGCGCCCGCUGGAAAAAAGUCCUCAAGCGCGCCGAGGCCGCCAUGGAGGCCCAGGUCGGCUGCAACAAUGCCAUGUCUGACCUGAUGGACGCUUUGAAAGAAGCCUCGUCGUCCAACGCAAACGCAGUUCAGCCGGCGAUUGAUCAUUACUUUGACAAAAUCGCAAAGGAAAUUCUCGUCUACGAGAAAUCGAAUGCGACCAAUAUCCAGAAACUCGUUAUUGAUCCUAUUUACAAACUCUAUAAUGUCGAUAUCAAGCAGGCCGAAACCAAGCGCAAGGACUUUGAGGAGGAGAGCAAAGACUACUACCAAUAUCUAGGCCGAUACCUUGGCCAACGCCAGGAUUCGCUGAAAGAGAAGAAGCGCGCCGAGACAGACUCCAAGUACCAAGCAAAGAGGCGCAACUUUGAGCUGAAGCGCUUCGAUUACUCGUCCUUUAUGCAAGACCUGCACGGCGGCAGAAAAGACCAAGAGGUUCUUUCCCACCUGACGCGCUAUGCCGACGCCCAGGCCAAGAGCUAUCUCGAAACCGCAAAAAAAAUUGAAACCAUGCUGCCCCAUCUCGAGGCGUUGACAUGCGAGGUCAAGGAAGCUGACAAAGAGUUCCAAAUCCAGAGGACCGAGAGAGAAGAAAAGCGGCGCGCCUUGGAAACCAUCAAGAAGACUUUUGACGAUGUGCCGAACCCAUCCAUUACAUCCCCAGCACCGUCUACUGGGAAUUUGGCAAGAUCCAUGUCGAGAUCGGAACCAGAUUCGGCUUCUGGGCGAAAGAGCAGCAUUGUUCCCGUUUUCCAGAGCACAGUAGUUCCUCCUCAGGCUGCCCCAUCCACCAGUCUCCCCUCAUCCAUCGCUUUACCCCAAAGCCCAGAGGCCAGCAAGGCAAGUUUACCAAUGGUUGCUCCGCAGCCGGACAAGUUCCGGGGAAUCAGGGAUCUCGAGGAAAAGGAUCUCACCACCAUGGUUGAGGCUGGGGGCGCGCACCGUAAAGAGGGCUUACUCUGGGCGCUCAGCAGGCCCGGAAGUCAUGUAGAUCCAAAGGGGUUGAACAAGCAGGCCUGGCACAAGUUCUGGAUCGUCCUUGAUCAGGGCAAGCUUUCUGAAUACACAAACUGGAAGCAAAACUUGGAGCUGCACAUGGAGCCCAUUGAUCUCCGCAUGGCUUCAGUGCGCGAAGCACGCAACGCAGACCGCCGGUUUUGCUUCGAAGUUAUUACCCCGCAAUACACGCGCGUAUACCAGGCCACCAACGAAGACGACAUGAAGUCGUGGAUCAGUGCCGUCAACAACGCCCUACAGACGGCUGUGGAGAGUGCAGGGCAAUCCGAUAGGCCAUCGACUGAUUCAUUGCCCGGACAGACACACCGAGACAUUGCAUCAGUCCUCACCGGCAAGAGCCCUUCCAUGUCAAGCCACCGUAAUAAUUACAGCUCCAAAGCCCCCGCUCGACAUGCCACCGUCGGCGACCGACCAGGCGCUUACCGUCGGGACGAGGCGUUUGGUGACGAUGGGAAACUACUGAAGCAGGUUCGCGAUGCCGAUGCCAGCAACAGGGUGUGCGCCGACUGCGGCACCGAGAUCAAGGUGGACUGGGUCUCUAUCAAUCUCGGCAUUGUCAUCUGCAUCGAAUGCAGCGGUAUUCAUCGGUCUCUGGGCACACACAUCUCAAAGGUGCGCUCUUUGACGCUCGACGUCACAUCCUUCACUCCCGAUAUUAUCGAGAUACUCUUGAAGGUCGGUAACCGCAUCAGCAACUCCAUCUGGGAAGGCCGGCUAGACCCCGGGCAGAAGCCGGGGCCAAUGUCCACCCGAGAGCAGAGGCUCCAUUUUAUCACGUCAAAGUACGCGGACCGAGCAUUCGUAGCACCGAUAGCGCCAAACAUGUCACACUACGCGACACCCGAGGAGACGUUACUGGCGUCAGUUAAGAAGAACGACAUCCAGAACGUGCUUUAUGCACUGGCACUACGAGCCAACCCGAAUGCGCGUGAUCGGUCACGGGGCACACACGUUGUCUAUCUAGCACUUGCAGCAGCGGAUCCAGCAGCACCACCGGCUUCAGCCUCACCAUCAACCUCUCCCGGCACAGGUGCGCGACCAGGCACAGCACAAAGCGCUCGCAAAGCGUUUCCUGUGGCGGAACUCCUUUUGCAGAACGGCGCCGAGCUUCCCCUAACGGCCGCCCCCAUCCCGUUAAGCCUCUCGGCACGAUCCUACCUUGAUUUCAAGGCGGACCAACGUGCUGGCAAGCUCCCUGCGCCCAUGGCCAGCAAUCAGUCGACUCCCCAUGCAGAAAAGCCUCCUGUUUUACCGCCCAUUCUAGCUGGGAACGGUAGCUCUCCGUCUGAAAGAGCGCGAGAAAGGGAUGCUCGACUGCAAAAGCGAGUCUCUGCAAAUGGAAGGUUGGUCAAGAGCCCAAACCUGGAACCUAUUGAAGGUAAGCGCGGCUCGUAGGAGUAGCCGAUGCUUAUAUAUUGCUGUGCUUCUAGUGUAUACCUUCCAUGGAUGGCAUGUAGUCUUGUGCGAUGGGCGUCAAGUGGCUGAGCAGGGCAUGUGACGUUACGACGUAGACGCCAAGGGAAGAUUAGUACCAUCUAGCGAUGUUGGAUUGGGCGUAUUGCUGUUGCCUUGGAUGUACAGCUAUCGAUU